UGAACGUACCAUAGUUGUUGACUUCCACGAUAAGCCUUGAAUGCAUUUAUGUGACUACGAUAUUUUGUUUUCAAAAUGCGAUUAGUGUAGCCUUUACUCUUAGAACAGAGCUCAAGAUUUGUAGUCAUUAUAAUUUUAAUCUCUAAUCUUGCCGUUUGUUUGUAUUGUUGGUCUAGUUUCGUUCGUUAGUAAUCAUUAUAUUGGUGUUUGGUUUUACUGCUUAUUUUUCUUUGAAUCAUAAUGGAUCCUCUUAACAACGUUAAUUCAUCUGUUAAUGGGGAAGAUGUUCAAGAUGCUUUUGGAUUUUCUAAUUCCAAAAAUAAAAAUAAGAAAGAAGAUGGUGUCAUGGUGGUUCAUAAAGACUCGCUCUUUUACAAAAUGGAUCAUGCAAUUACUGGAGCUGCAUUUAUUUUUAAUCAUGAAAAAUUUAUUAUGCCACAUUUAAAAGACAGGGCUGGAACUCAGGAAGACUGUUAUAAUUUAAGAAAAUGUUUUGAAUUACUUGGCUUUAAUGUUACUGUUUAUCAAGAUCUUGAAAUCAAAGAAUUUAUGCAGAAAAUCGAAAAAAUUGCUGAAUUAGACUAUUCUGAUAUGGACUGCUUGGUCAUUUGUGUGCUGUCUCAUGGUGAAAGUGGUGUGAUUUAUGCAAAAGAUGCAGCGUUCAGCCAUGAAGAUUUGUGGGGUCCUUUUACUGCUGAUAAGUGCAAAUCGUUAGCUGGCAAACCAAAGUUGUUUUUUAUUCAGGCUUGCCAAGGUACUCGGUUGGAUCCUGGACUCACAUUAAAGGCUGAAGUAGAUGCUAGUCCAUCCUAUAAAAUUCCAAUACAUGCUGAUUUUCUUAUAGCAUAUUCUACCAUUCCAGGUUUUUAUUCUUGGCGCAAUACAGGAAAAGGUUCUUGGUUUGUACAAGCCCUGGCAAUUGAACUGAAAGAAAAUGGUUUCAGGUAUGACAUCCUCACUCUUCUUACUUUUGUUAAUAGGCGUGUUGCUGUUGACUUCGAAUCAUAUGUUCCUGGAAAUGGUGUGAUGCAUGCUCAGAAACAAAUUCCUUGUAUUACAACAAUGCUUACUAGAAUAUUGAAAUUUCAUGAAAAAAAGUGACAAUUUUUAUGCCUAUUUAAUUUUAAAUGUUAGAUAAAGGAUUUUUUUUUAAAUAAGAGAUCAAAGUUAUAUUUAUAUUUGAAAAAUAAUGAAUUUACUUUAGGAAAGAAAUGUGAUCUUUUUUUAUAAUGCUUUUAAAGAUUCGGCAAAAAAAUAACUGUAUAGGAUAUAGGUAUAUAAAACAUACUAGUGCAAUAUAGUUACUAUAAUACACAAUUGUGUAUCAUGGAAAAAUGAUUUAUCAAAACAACUAUGUUUUAAAAUGUAGUCUUAGUAUUUUUUUGGUUUGUCAAUAUUUUAUUAUUUUUCUAAAACAAACUGUUAAGGAAGUUAGCUUUUAAGCCGUAACUGAAAAAAUCUCUCAG